UUGUAAUUAAACCAUUUCAGAGAAAUGGGUUUAAAUCUUUAUGUACACCCUGGAUCUUAUUCCUGUUGGUGUACCGAGGUACUGCUUCAGGAGCUCGGAGCAAAGCACACGGUACAUGAAAUUGAUCUACACUCAGGAGCUCAGUACAGCCCCGAGUUCCUUGCUCUCAGCGAGAGAGGCAAUGUGCCGGUUCUCAAAAUUGAAGAAGUAACCCUUGUCGGAGCUCCGAGAAUCAGAGAAUAUCUUAAAACAACCGAACCAUAUUCAAUGAGAGAUGUAUUCAAAGGAAAAAGUGAGGCAUAUCUUGAUAAACUUGAUUCUGUUCCUGUUGGUCACAUGACAUAUGGUCUUGCAUUCCAUCUCGAGUUAUCAAAAGUUCUCAGGUACCCAUACAGUAAUGGAGACUACCCAGAGAUGGCACGGGAGUAUGUUUUAAACCGCGGAGCAAGGUUGCAAGAAGCUGCACUUAAUUCUUCGGACCCAGCUGUAACCCAGUCCCUACUAGAGUACGGAGAGGAGCACCAGAAGAAUAUAUCCCGCUACGUCAACUACGACGAAUAUAACUCUGUUCUCCGAAGCGUAUCCGCAGUCUUGGACUUCUUUGAGGCGGAACUGGGGAAGCCGGAUGCAAGCUUAUGGUUAGGCGGACACAUAUUCGGCUCAGCAGAUAUUUUACUCGGACUACUCCUGCAUCGUAUCUGGCAGAUCGGUCUGGAAUUAGAGAUGUUUACUGACGGUGUUAGACCUCAUCUUACAGUUUACUACGAUAGGAUAAAGAAGCGUCCAAGUUUCUGCCGCGUGACGAGAUGGUCCGAAGAGACCCGAGAGAUUAUCUUGAAGACGACCGAGGACAAGUUUGUCGAGAAUGCCAAGGUCGGAGUCGGAAUGAUGUUGCUCAUGGGAGGGUUGUAUGUUGGGAAAAAAAUCUUUGCAAAAAAGUAGAUAGUACUCUCUUCAAAUGCAACAAAGGUUGAAAAAAAACAGCAUCGAUACUAAAAAUUAUUAUCCAAAGUCCUCUCCAAUUUUCAAUUCCAUUAAAUCCCUUGUUUAAUAUGACUGUGAUACUCAUUAGAAAAUUUGGUUUUAGCAUUUAAUAGAGUUCUAAGUUAAAAUACAGAAACUGUAAAACAGACUAUUUAAUAAUCAUAUAG